AUGGGGGCAAGCAUCAUCCCACCCAGCCCAAUCGCUAGCCCACGAACCAGCUUGCCCGAGUAUAGCUGCGACCUUGUCUAUCAGCCCUCCACGCUCGCCGCGCCCGCAAGAAAGGAGCUGGGUCCCCUUCCAGAGGGCGCGAGGCGAAAGCUUCAGUAUCCCAUUCAACUUGUCAAAACGGUCCCGAGGAUGAUGGUGGAAGAACUGCAGACGCCUUGGUGUCACCCAAAACUGUAUGAUGACGAGAUGCCACGGGCAAUGCAAGACGCAUACUCAUGCUGUGCCAUGUACCUGUCCAAGAACAGGGUUAACACUCCCCUCAUACUUCGCAACAUUGACUCCAAGGUCAACGAGCUCCUGGCACAGCCUGAUCCCACUACGCCAUUGGCCUCCUUGGCUCAUACGCAGGCACUCCUGCUAUACCACAUCAUAAGAAUAUUCGACGGUGACAUCUCCUCCAGGGCAGAAGCCGAACGCACACAAAAUGCGCUGGAGGACUCGGCGUUGAACCUUGUGGUCCAUGUCGACCAUGUUGAUCCCUUGGCGGGGAAGGAGACCCGUCUGCGGCUGUUCCCCAUGGCGCCGACGAUAGCGUUCUGGAAGUCGUGGAUCUUCAGCGAGUCUGCGAGACGGACGUUACUCUUCACCAUGUUUCUCCUCCAGGCCUACCGGAUCUUGGCCGGUCUCCCGGUGGCGCCGUGCGACGGCAAGCUAGGGCUGAGCCAUUCCUUCACACUGUCCGCGCCCCUGUGGCACGCUGACUCUGCUGUCGAUUUCGCACAGCAGUGGGAGAGAACGGGCCACUUUGUAAUCAGGAAUGGCGGUAUUGACGUGAUUGUCAGGGAGGCAACCGCGGAGGAUGUGGAUUUCUUUGGGCGGGUGAUUCUGACGAGUGUCCUGGGCGUGGAUGAGGCUGAGGGCUGGUUCGCCAUGCAGCUUGCGCUCACAACCUGGGACACCCGAGCUUCUUCGCUCAUUCAACUGGAGCUGGGCAAACCUCCCGCAAUCAUGUCAUUCUCACGGCUGCGUACGGAUGUUCCCCGUGCGAAUGAGGAUGGCGGGUCCCUUCUCUCCCCCAACGGUUACGACGACGACGCCUCUUCCGUCCACAGUCGAAGCGAGCAGGACACCGAUAGUGAUGACGAUCAACUACAAGCACGCGCGCGGAAUAGUCGCGAGUUACGCGCUCGAGAUAGAAUGGUGCUCAUGGAAGACGAAGAGAUAGAAGGAUUGGUCACAGAUACUCGGAAGAAACAAGAGCGCUCCCGCAGAGGCUCAGGACUAAAUGUACCGAACCCACUCAGGAUGAUACAGCGCCGGGGAAGCAACGCUUCGCUCAACAGCUCGACUGAUGACCUUAACGACGUGAAGAGGCAGACCCGACGAGCCCGGCGCAAGCAGAAGAAGGAAAGGCUGACGGAGAGCGCACAGCAUGGGGAGGACGGCGAGCUCAUGUACGAAAUGGAAGAGGGCGGUAUGAAGGAGGGCAGCUCGACAGGCGACAGCAGCGAGCGCGAGGAUAGCGACCAAAUCGAUCGACGGCGGAUGGGCUUAGUCACAGAUGCUAGGGAAAGAAAGGGCCGUAGUUGGUGGCGGUGGCUGUUCAUCCACAGCUUGAUCGCCAUUGGUUUCGCGAUUCUUGUGCUUAUGGCCUGGAAGCUUUCGAGGAACAGGAAGAGCCUCGCAAAGCAGGACUUUGUGAGCAAUGGAACGGCGCUGUUUGCACCCACGACCAUCAUCAUCAGCCUGGACGGUUUCAGGGCGGAUUUCUUACAGAGGGACAUUACGCCCACAUUGAACGCCUUCAUCAAAGAGGGCGUGUCGCCAAAGUACAUGCUUCCGUCUUUCCCAUCUGUCACCUUCCCGAACCACUACACCUUGGCAACAGGUCUGUACCCCGAGAGCCAUGGUGUGGUGGGCAACACAUUCUGGGACCCCGAGCUGUCCGCCGAGUUCUACUAUACCGACCCUGCGCGCAGCCUCGACCCCAAGUGGUGGGGUGGAGAGCCCUUCUGGGUGACUGCUGAGAGGCAAGGCAUCCGCACAGCUGUGCACAUGUGGCCCGGCAGCGAAGCUGGCAUUCUAGACGUCGCGCCAAGCUUCCUUGACAAGUUCAACGGCAAGGAGUCUCUCGAAAACAAGGUCGCCCGUAUCUUUGAGCUUCUGGACAAGCCUGGCAAGGAAGACAAAGCAGCCAUGGUUGCGGAGAUGCGGCCACAAGUUGUUGCCGCCUACGUACCCAACGUCGACUCACACGGUCAUAAAUACGGCCCCAACAGCACCGAGAUCAUGGAGACCAUUGGCAAGGCCGAUACGAUGCUUGAGAAGAUCUUCCAUGGUCUGGAGGACCGUAAUCUGACGGAUAUUGUCAAUGUCAUCGUGGUGUCUGACCACGGGAUGGCCACUACUGACACAUCACGCCUGAUUCAGCUAGAGGACCUCAUCGACACUUCAAAGAUUGAGCACAUUGAUGGCUGGCCAUUGUAUGGCUUGCGACCGUACAAACCGGAAGACCUGAACCCACUGUAUGACCAACUCGUCGAGAAGGCAAAGUCAAGCGAGAAUUACGAAGUUUACCUUCGAGACGAGAACAUGCCCGAGAGGUACCAUUUCUCCAAGAACGACCGCAUUGCUCCACUGUGGAUUGUGCCCAAGACUGGCUGGGCGAUCGUGACGAAGGAGGAGUUUGAUGUCGAGAAGGCCAAGGCUGACGGGACUGUCUACCAUCCCCGUGGCCUACACGGCUACGACCACGAGCACCCCUUGAUGCGAGCCAUCUUUGUCGGCCGUGGCCCAGCGUUCCCUCAUCCAGCGAACAGCGAAAUCGAGGUUUUCCAAAACAUUGAAGUGUACAACAUGCUGUGCGACUCAGUCGGCAUGGAACCGAAACCGAAUAAUGGAACACUGCGCUUGCCCCUGAAGCCGGUUGGCACACACAAGCCCGAAGAUACGCCCGAAGUACCCGAGGACCCUGUCCCGCAGACGCCUACAGCUGCCGAGGCGACCGAAGAGCCACGACCUACCGUGCAUGGGGAAGCAUCGCCCUCGCCCGGACCAUCUGAUCAAAAAGGGGAUGAUGGAGAGGGAGGAAAUGAAGAGGAAGAAGACGAAGACAAAACGGAUGACAAUGAUGGCGACACGAAUAACGACCAGGAUAAGGACACAGGCGGUAGUGAGAAGGGAGAAGAUGGGAUCGAGGGCCUUUGGCACUGGUUCACUGAUACGGUGGGCGACGUCUGGGACUCCAUCACGGGGUCAUAG